UCGGCGUUACACCGUCGCUUCUCGCUUGCAGGUUGGCAGGACGGCGGCUGCACAUUCGCUGCACGUCGCUGGGCUCAGACAUUGCAGAACUGCAUCGGCGAAGUUGAUGGUCGAAAAACCAAAGUGACUGCAGUUUCAGCUCCAGGCAGCUUUCAGACCAGGAAACGCGGUAGUUAAAGAUAAUCGCGUGUCCGUUAAGGUUAGCUGCUAGCAUGCUGCCAUGUCGCAACCAAUAACAUUGCAACUUCUGGGUGUUUGGACACAUUGGGUGUAGCGCACCUGAAUCAAGCAUUAACUACGGAGUAAAAACACAAGAGAUGGCGGUGUCGGUACGGGGGCUCUACUUUGUAGUGACCCUCUUUUUGGGGAGCUUCUUUGGAAGCAUUUUCAUGCUGGGUCCCGUUUUGCCGCUCAUGCUGGUUUCUCCCGCUUGGUACCGCUGGCUCACGGAUCGGAUAGUUGCCACCUGGCUUACCCUGCCUGUGUCUCUGCUGGAGCUGGUUUUUGGGGUGAAGGUGGUGAUUACAGGCGACGGCUUUAUUCCGGGUGAGCGGAGUGUGAUCAUUAUGAACCACCGCACCCGUCUGGACUGGAUGUUCCUGUGGUGUUGUCUGCUCAGGUACAGCUACCUCCGUCUGGAGAAGAUCUGCCUCAAGGCCGGACUAAAGGCUGUGCCCGGCUUUGGCUGGGCGAUGCAGGUGGCCUGCUUCGUCUUCAUCCACCGUCGCUGGGAGGUAGACAAGAAGCACCUGGAGAACAUGUUGGACUACUUCUGCGACAUAAAAGAGCCCCUGCAGCUGCUCCUGUUUCCGGAGGGUACAGACCUCACCGAGAACACCAAAACGCGGAGCGACGCAUUUGCUGAAAAGAACAAGCUGCCAAAGCUGGAGUUUGUGCUUCAUCCCCGCAGCACCGGGUUCACCUUUAUUGUGGACAAACUCCGAAAAGGACACAACCUGGAUGCCGUCCAUGACAUCACAGUGGCCUACCCCAAGAACAUCCCCCAGACGGAGCGCCACCUGAUACUGGGCCACUUUCCACGGGAGAUCCAUUUCCACGUCAUCCGUUACCCCGUCUCUUCCCUUCCCGCCGCCUCCUCUGAUCUAGAGUUAUGGUGCAGGGACCGUUGGGCGGAAAAAGAGGUCCGCCUGCGGGACUUCUACGCGAGCCAGCCCCGGGGAUUUGUCCGGGACGGCGUCGCACUCGUGCCGCCCUGUAAAUCCGAGCUCCGAGUGGCUCUGAUCAAAGCUGCCUCGCUGCUGUACUGGACUAGCUUCAUCGCUCUGUGCUUCACCGGCCUGUGGCUCUGGACUCCCGUCAGGCUCUACUGCCUGGUGAUGAUCGCCGUGUACGUGGUCCAGCAGAAGUUCUUUGGAGGGAUGGAGCUGCUGGAGUUGGCUUUCCAUCAAUACUGGAAGUCCAAGGGUGAGAGCGCCGCUGCUGGGAAAAGGGAGCAAGAUGAAAAGACGAAAUGAUGCAAAGAAAAAUAAAUAAAAAAGGGGCGACGGCGUGCUUCCACUCCAUCAAGGAGUUGGAGCAAAGCAAAACGGAGAUCUGAAAACUCCAUUUAAAACACAAAAAAGGUAGUGAGCCUCCUGAUGGAAUGCAUGGCUUCUGAGGAUAGCUUCACUUCAGUCAAAAGAAGAAAUGAAGGAAUGUUAAGUACAUUUAUUCCUUGCUGGGUUCAAGGAAUUCACCAUCCAUUUAUGUCUUUUAUCCACAGCUUUUUUUAGCUCGCUGUCAUUUUAGCAUUCUGUCCGGUUUACAGCUGCUUGUUCAGGAUCUCAAUUGUACGCUAGAUUUUUUUUUUUAUUCCAAGAAUGGAGCAGAGCCAUAGUACAGACCAUCUGUACACAUCCCAUGACUUGACUCUAACAUUAUUCAAACGAGCACUUGAAUUUGUCCUGAACUGCUGUCUUUUAGCAGCAUCAGCGUCGUUCUGAAUGAACUUUAUGGUCUGUACAGUCGUAUAAUCAUUGUUUACAGUUUUUACUAAAAAGAAAAAAAGAUUCUCAUGUUUUAAUUAUCAAAUUUAAACUAAAUUGGAAACAAAGUUCAACUUUCGAGAGACCAAACAGAAUGUAGGGGGUAAAGUGGGUGGGAGAAUGUCCUGCUGGAACAACAGGAUCCUUCUGUGUUUUAUGUGCCACAAAGAGCCAGACUUGGAGUGGAAAACUGAAGGCGGCGUAAUCUAAAAGUCUCUGUAACGGCCACCUCUGGCUUUGUCUUUUAUCUGCAGGACAAAGAUUAAUGGGGAGGGGGGGCUGCUAAAUUCAAUUUGCAAGUGACGGGCGUCAAAACCCGCUCUGACGGUGCCAUAAAAGGACAGAAAGUGAAGGAAAAGGCUUUUAUCCUCGGACCCGCCGUCCUCAGUGCAAUCACAAACCGCAUCGUUUCUGUAGGAAACUCCGACAUUCUAGCAGUUCCUGUAACACUGUGCAUUGCGUGCUGUAGCUUUACUUCUGCUUAACUUUGCGAGACAAAUCCCUGUUGUUUCACUUGACACAAGUCCCAUUGUGUGUUUGCAGUUUUGAGUUCUCGUCAGGUGAAAAGAGACUGAUGCAAGUCACUGUGAUACUGUGUCAACAUUAUUAUGCUGUUUUACCGAGCAUGGUGGUACAUCAUCCCUCAAAUUGCUCCUAAUUCUGUAACAAUUUACCCUAUUUUUGUUUAUUAUUGUGUUAAAUCAUUUUCUGAUGAUGGACCUCUGAAUUAUCCUCAGGUAAACACGGUGGACACUCGUACAAGUCAAAUGUAUAUCUAAAUAAAUCUACAUCAUCUA